CGUCCCCGUCGCCCUUCCGGCGGCGCUAGAUCCCGCGUGGGGGGACUGCGGUUCCCCGCGCCUGCAAAGGCGCCGGUCGGUCGGGCCGGCGCUGCGUGUGGCGUGUACCCUUUCGUGUCCUGUCUCGCUGCCGUCGCUUCUCGCGUGGGGGAUGGGGUUCCCCUCGUUCUCGCCGCCUGCCGGCUCGUGGUCCUCGUGGGAUUCGCAUGUAGAGGUCCAGUUUCUGCUUAGGUUCGGGGGCCAUGGAGCUGGAGGCAGAGCUGUUGCUAGGGUUCAUUAGUGUCGGCUCCCGAGUCCCGACUCCAGCAGUCCAGUUUCAGUAAACGGGGGAGGGCGGUAUACCCUGCUCUUCGAAAUGGAGGCUCUCCAUUUUUAGGCACGGGUCAGCAGCACUGCCCCUGUAUCGCAUCUUAAGGAGAUCGGUUCCUGCGUGCAGAGGCGGCAACAAGCGCUGCAGAGGGAGGAGGGAUUUGGGAUGGCUGGUGACGACCAUGUGGUGGUUGACGUGAACGGCUUAGCAAAAUCCAAGGAUGACGGGGGUUCCAAGAAGCUGUCUGAGGAUGCAAAUGGUUCGGCUCCGGCUGCUGCAUCUUUGUCAGCAGCUGUUGACUUGGUCCAGGAGGAGGAGGAGGAGGAGGGUGAUGGGGAGGAGGAGCCGCUAAUCCAGGCCGCGGAGUGCCGCAUAUGCCAGGAGGAAGAUAGCGUGAAGAACCUCGAGAAACCGUGUGCUUGCAGCGGCAGUCUCAAGUAUGCUCACAGAGCUUGCGUGCAACGCUGGUGCAACGAGAAAGGAGACACUACUUGUGAAAUUUGUCAUGAGGAAUACAAGCCAGGUUACACUGCGCCACCUCGUGUUCAGCCAGAUGAGACAACCAUAGACAUUGAUGGUGAUUUGGUUAUGGAUUUGCGAGACCCAAGGAUUCUUGCUGUAGCAGCUGCCCAACAUCGUCUUCUUGAGGCAGAGUAUGAUGGUUACGCUAGUACAGAUGCUAGUGGUGCUGCAUUCUGCCGUUCAGCUGCGCUUAUUUUAAUGGCACUGUUGCUUCUAAGGCAUGCAUUGUCUAUGUCAGACAACGAAGGAAACGAUGAUGACGCUUCUACCAUAUUCUCGCUUUUUCUGCUUCGAGCUGCUGGGUUUCUGCUGCCGUGCUACAUCAUGGCAUGGAUAUUCAGUAUUUUGCAUCGCCGUCGACAAAGACAGGAAGAGGCUGCACUGGCGGCUGCAGAGGUGGCCUUCAUCCUACAGUCGGCCAGGGGCCGCGCCCUCCAGUUUGCCAUCGCUCCAGACUCCCCCGCCACCCCGCAGCAUGAGCCAGUGUCGCAGCAACAGCAAUAGUGGCUGACAACCACAUCCCCAGUAGUUGCUCACGACUACUGACCAUACGUAUCUGUUUCGUUUUCUUGGGCAUCAUACUGAGUCACAAAGGUUAAGCCUGGGCUUCUGCCUCCCGUGGCCAGUUUGGGUGUCAGUGUCACCCAAAGUUCGUUACACCCGAAACCUUGUGCUUUGUAUUAAACCGAGUGUGAUCCGAGAAUAUACCAAUUUAAUGUAAAUUCAUUCUUGUUCUUACUGCGGCAUCAUUAUUAACCGUUGUAUGCACUGUAAUGUACAGUCUUUCAUAAUACUAUUUAUUUUUCUAUAUGGCAUAUUUGAUAGA